AUGAAUACUAUUCCACUUUCAGAUGGAAAAGAUAAUUGUAUUUGUGAUAGUAUUUCAGAUUAAUACUGCUAUUUAUUCUUAUUUACAAGACCCUAAGAAAGCUCUCUUGAAGCAAACAAGUUUAUUGAAGUUUAGUAAGGUUCCUUUCGGAUAUUUAACCUCUCUAGAGCUAAAACAGAACAUAAGAAACUCCUUGUUUUCUGCAAAUCCUAUAGGACUAUAAUUUGCAUCAUCUUCUAUUUAGUUGCAAAAAGCAAUAAAAGAAAUAUAGAAGUAGAAGUCUUUUUUGAGAUCCUUAAAGUGAUACUUAAACUACAAAAAGAAAGGACAUGCUGUUAUUUCGCUCACAUUUUCGUUUUGGACUAAAAAAUAUUAAAAUAGAUUAGAAUUUAUUAUCUUAUUUAGUAAUAAAGAUAUUUUUUUUCGUAUUCAUUUUGUAAAGCAAAAUUCCAUAAAUAAAGAGUUUAUAAAAAUUUCGAGAAACUUGCUUAUUCUAAUUUCAUUAAAUUUAAAAAUAAAAAUUUAAGAUGUACAAUCAUGUUUGUUGUAAAGCUUCAGCUGUUUUGA